CAGCAGCAGGAGUUCAAGAAGGAGCUGCUGGAAGUUGCUGACGGAGUUUAUGCUGCACUUGGCUUCGGACUUGCAAACUCUUUCAUUCUGAAGGGCCCCACAGGAGUGGUCAUCGUCGACACCACUGAAAGUCCAGUGGUCAUGCGCGAGAUCUGGCAGCAGUUCAAGGCCCUCAGGAAGCAGCAGCGCCAGGCCCGCAGGCGCCAGCAGCAGCAGCAGCAGCAGCAGCAGCAGCAGGAGGACCCCGAGCAGCAGCAGCAGGACCCCCAGCAGCAGCUCAGAGUUUCACUUCCACCCCCAAAUUCCAGGCAGCAGCAGCAGCAGCAGGAGGAGGAGGAGGAGGACCUGACGGUGCGGGCCAUCAUAUACACGCACUCGCACCCGGACCACACGUUCGGCGCAGCAGCAGUUUACGAGCCGGGAGUGACUGAGGUGUAUGCACACUGGCUGUGCGAAGAGCUGCUGCAGCAAAGUGUGGGGUUGGCAGCAGGCAGCACUUACCGGCGCAGCAUGCGGCAGUUCGGGGUGUACGUACACCCCAAGGACUUCGUCCACGCGGGCAUCGGCUUUAGGCAGCAGCAGCAGCAGCAGCAGCAGCAGCAGGAGGUGGUGCGGGCGGCGGGGCUGGAGCUGCUGCUGCUGCACGUGCCGGGGGAAACCCCGGACCAGGUGGCGGUGUGGCUGCAGCAGCAGCAAACGCUAAUUGCUGCCGACAACAUCUACAAAAGCUUCCCCAACCUCUACGCCAUCCGCGGCACCGAAAGCCGCAGCAGCAAAGACUGGAUUGCUUCCCUGGAGCGCAUGCGCGCGCUGCAGCCGCAGCUGCUGCUGCUGGGCCACACGCGCCCGCUGGCCGGCGCGGUGUACGUACACUCCGCGCUCACGGCCUACAGAGACGCCAUCCAGUUCGUGCACGACCAAACCGUGCGUUGGAUGAACAAGGGCAGCAGCAUCGACGAGGUGUCUGUACACCUGGAGCUGCCUGUACACCUCAGGGGCCACCCGCUGCUGCAGCAGCUGUACGGCGCGCUGCCCUUCGCCGUCCGCGGUGUCUAUACACACUACAUGGGCUGGUUCGGGGGGGCCCCCGAGCAGCUGCAGCCGCUGCCUGCUGCUGCUGCUGCUGCUGCGCUCGCCGCCCUCGCCGGCGGGCCCCACAAGCUGCUGCGCGCUGCUGCCCACGCCCUCCGCAGCAGCAACCCCCACCCCACAACGCCGUCGCCAGGGAGCUCAAGGUCGUCGCCCUCAGGGCCCUCGCCGCCACCCAAACUGCUGCUUCGGGAAAGUCCUCCCUCCUGCUGCUGCUGCUGCUGCUGCUGCUGCUGCUGCUGCUGCUGGUUCUGGCUGGGGUUGUGA